AUGGAACAGAAAGGUUUCUACAACUUGGAGAAGCCAGGUGAAUUUACGAACGUGGUUGAUAUUCAGUUUGUAGCUGCAAUGAUUCAUCCUGGGGGAGGUCGGAAUGACAUCCCACAACGCCUGAAACGCCAGUUCACCAUCUACAACUGCACAUUACCUUCCAGUUCAUCUAUUGACAAAAUAUUUCGAACAGUAGCUGAAGGCUAUUUCUGUGAGCAACGAGGUUUUUCUGCGGAAAUAUGUAAACUGGCUUCUGCGUUAGUAUCUACAACACGAAAAGUAUGGCAAACAACAAAAGCAAAGAUCUUACCAACUCCAGCUAAAUUUCAUUACAUCUUUAAUUUACGAGACCUUAGUCGUAUUUGGCAAGGAAUGCUAACAGUUACUUCUGAAGUCUGCCAGAGCAUCAGUGUUUUAGUAGCCUUGUUCCAGCAUGAAUGCAGACGUGUUAUUGCAGACAGGUUCAUCAGCCAAAGUGAUAAAGACUGGUUUGAAGAUAUGAUGAAAAAGGUAUGCAAAUAGUAUUAAAGUCUUUGCUACAGAGAGGGACCAAUAAAAUAUUUCGUAAUUAAAAUGAUCCUUAAUGUAUUGUUGUAGACUGCUGCUGCAGAACACAAUCAAAAUCUAUUUGAAGAUGGAUCUACAGAAUUAUACUUUGCAGAUUUUUUGCGUGAUGCCCCAGAAGCCACCGGAGAUGAACCUGAUGAUGUGGAAUUGAAGGCUCCUAAAAUUUAUGAACCUAUCCCAUCUUUGGAUUAUUUGGCUGAAAGAUUACAAAUGUUCAUGCAACAGUACAAUGAAAGCAUCAGAGGAUCAAAGAUGGAUUUAGUAUUUUUCAAGGAUGCAAUCACUCAUUUGAUUAAAAUAUCACGGAUUAUUCGUACUCCACAAGGAAAUGCAUUGUUGGUUGGUGUGGGUGGAUCUGGAAAACAGAGUCUGACCAGGCUAGCAUCAUAUAUUGCUGGAUAUGAGAGCUUUCAGAUUACUUUAACAAGAACAUAUGCCACCAAUAACCUCUUGGAUGAUCUGAAAAUCUUGUACCGCACUGCUGGGCAAAAAGGAAAGAGCAUUGUCUUUAUAUUCACAGACAACGAAAUCAGAGAUGAAUCUUUUCUCGAGUACCUGAACAAUGUUUUGGCUUCAGGUGAAGUCUCAAAUCUUUUUGCACGAGAUGAAAUAGGUGAAAUCACACAAGAUCUGAUACCAGCAAUGAGGAAAGAAUAUCCAAAGCGUACUCCCACUGGUGAAAAUCUUUAUAAUUACUUUCUUACUCGAGUUCGCAAUAACUUGCACGUGGUACUUUGUUUUUCUCCUGUUGGGGAAAAGUUCAGAACUCGUGCACUCAAAUUUCCAGCUCUGAUUUCAGGCUGCACCAUGGACUGGUUCCAGCGCUGGCCUAGAGAUGCUCUUGUAGCAGUUGCACAACAUUUUUUAGUUUCUUACCCUAUAGAGUGCACAGAUGAAGUGAAACAAAGUGUUAUUAACACCAUGGGAACAUUUCAAGAUAUUGUAGCUGAAAAAUGUGUUGAAUACUUUGAACGAUACAGACGCCGAACGUUUGUGACUCCAAAAUCUUACCUGUCCUUCAUUGGAGGCUACAAAGCUAUUUACAAAGAGAAGUUUGCCAGUGUUGGAAGUUUGUCUGAACGUAUGAGAACAGGUCUCGCAAAACUGAUGGAAGCUGAGGUUUCAGUAAAUCAGCUUUCCAAAGAGCUGGUGAUGAAGGAGAAAGAUCUGGCUUUAGCUUCAAAAAAAGCUGAUGAAGUUUUAUUGGAAGUAACAAUGAAAGCCCAAGCUGCUGAAAAGGUGAAAAUGCAGGUGCAAAAGGUAAAAGACAAAGCUCAGGUCAUUGUGGAUGACAUUGCCAUUGAUAAAGCAGCAGCAGAAGAGAAGCUUGAAGCUGCAAGACCUGCUUUGGAAGAAGCAGAGGCAGCCCUGCAGACAAUAAAGCCCUCUGACAUCGCAACUGUUCGCAAACUGGGUAAACCUCCUCACUUGAUAAUGCGAAUUAUGGAUUGUGUGCUACUUCUAUUCCAAAGAAAAAUAGACUCAGUAACAAUUGAUCAAGAACGCCCAUGUGUGAAGCCAUCAUGGACUGAGGCUCUGAAAUUAAUGAAUAACUCUGGAUUUCUUGGCAUGUUGCUUAGUUUUCAGAAGGACUCAAUUACAGGAGAAAUUGUGGAGCUUUUAGAGCCUUAUUUGGACAUGGAGGAUUAUAAUCUGGAGAUGGCUAAAAAAGUGUGUGGAAACGUAGCAGGCCUAUGCUCAUGGACACAAGCAAUGGCUUACUUCUAUGGUAUUAAUAAAGAAGUCCUUCCUCUUAAGGCAAAUCUAGCCUUGCAAGAGGGAAGACUUGCAGCUGCCCAAACUGAACUGAAUAAUGCACAAAAUCAGCUGGAUGAGAAGCAGAUGGAACUGGAUCAAGUACAAGCCAUGUAUGAUGCUGCUAUGAAAGAGAAGCAGGCCUUACUUGAUGAUGCCGAGGCUUGCAGAAGGAAGAUGAAUAAUGCCAGAGCUCUGAUAGAAGGCUUAGGUGGAGAAAAGCUUCGUUGGACUGAAAGCAGCAAAAACUUUCAAAAUCAAAUUACUCAUUUAGUGGGGAAUGUCCUUUUGGCCACUGCAUUUCUCUCCUACUCAGGACCUUUCAAUCAGGAGUACAGGAAUUUACUGCUCCAUCUGUGGAAGAAAGAGAUGAACAGCAGCAAGAUUCCAUACAGUAAUGACCUGAACCUCACCAGUAUGCUUGUUGACAAUGCUACAGUCAGUGAAUGGAACCUCCAGGGUCUUCCAAAUGAUGACCUUUCAAUUCAGAAUGGCAUAAUAGUCACCAAAGCGUCUCGAUAUCCUUUGCUCAUUGAUCCACAAGGUCAAGGAAAGAUCUGGAUUAAAAAUAAAGAAAAGAAUAAUGGACUACAGGUUACAGCUAUGAACCACAAGUUCUUCAGAAGUCAUAUAGAAGACAGCCUGUCCCUUGGCCGACCCCUGUUAAUAGAAAACAUUGGAGAGGAACUUGAUCCUGCUCUAGAUAACAUCCUGGAAAAGAAUUUCAUAAAAUCUGGUUCAGCACACAAAGUGAAAGUAGGUGACAAGGAGGUAGAUCUCAUGAAAGGGUUUACCCUUUACAUGACAACAAAAUUGGCUAAUCCUGCCUAUACUCCAGAAAUCAGUGCAAGAACAACAGUGAUUGACUUUACUGUUACUGUGCGGGGGUUGGAAGAUCAGCUCCUUGGCCGUGUCAUCCUCACAGAAAAACAGGAACUUGAGGCAGAAAGGGUCAAACUGAUGGAGGAAGUGACAUCUAACAGGAGGAGAAUGCAGGAGCUUGAAGAUAACCUACUCUUUCGCCUAACGAGUACAGAGGGCUCUUUGGUUGAAGAUGAGUCUCUAAUAGAAGUCCUAAGAAUCACUAAAACAACAGCAGAAGAGGUCAGUGAAAAAUUAAGCAUAGCAGCAGAGACAGAGGUGAAAAUCAAUACUGCACGUGAAGAGUAUCGGCCAGUUGCUGGUCGUGGCAGCAUUCUUUAUUUCCUAAUUGUGGAAAUGAGCUUGGUGAAUGUCAUGUACCAAACAUCCUUACGGCAGUUUCUUGGCAUUUUUGACCUGUCAGUGGAAAGAUCUCAGAAAUCUCAGAUUACAGGAAAAAGGGUGCUGUAUAUAAUCGAGCAUCUCACCUAUGAAGUCUUCAAGUAUACAGUUCGAGGGCUGUAUGAAAAUCACAGAUUCCUCUUUACAUUGCUGCUGGCCUUGAAGAUUGACUUGCAGGCCAAGAAAAUUUCACAUAGUGAGUUUGAGACACUGAUCAAAGGAGGUGCCAGUUUGGAUCUAAAUUCUGUGGAACCGAAACCAAAAAAGUGGAUCCUUGACAUGACGUGGCUCAAUCUUGUGCAGUUGUCUAGCUUGUGCCCUUUUAAUGAACUUCUGGUACAAGUUGUUAGGAAUGAGAAGGCCUGGAAAGCUUGGUUUGAUGCAGAAGCACCUGAAAAAGCUGCUGUUCCUGAUGGGUAUGACAGCUUACUGGAUCAAUUCCGUAAGCUUCUCCUUGUCCGUAGCUGGUGCCCUGAUCAUACCGUUGCCCAAGCUCGAAACUACAUUGCAGAAUCCCUUGGUGUGAAAUACGCAGAAGGAUUUAUACUUGAGAUGGAAGCAAUGUGGUCAGAAAGUGACUGUCGAACACCUCUGACAUGCUUUUUAUCAGUGGGGUCUGACCCCACUGAAAAUAUAGAACGUCUUGCAAAGUCAAAGAACAUUCCCUGUCGUGCCAUUUCAAUGGGUCAGGGCCAGGAAGUCCAUGCAAGACGCCUGUUAAAUCAAUGCAUGCAAGAUGGAGGAUGGCUUCUUCUACAGAACUGCCACCUUGGCUUAGUGUUUCUUAAUGAAUUAAUGGACACCAUCACAACAACAGAAUCAAUGAGUGAAGAUUUCAGAACCUGGAUAACUACAGAGGCUCACCCAGAGUUUCCUAUUAAUUUUUUACAGGCAUCUAUCAAAUUUACUAAUGAACCACCUCAAGGUGUGAAAGCUAGCUUGAAACGAACUUACUCUACUAUCACUCAGGAUCACCUAGAAGUGAGCAACAUGCCACAGUGGAAACCUUUACUAUAUGCUGUAGCGUUUCUUCACACGACUGUUCAGGAAAGAAGAAAGUUUGGUCCACUGGGCUGGAACAUUCCUUAUGAAUUUAAUCAGGCAGACUUCACAGCCAGUGUGCAAUUUGUUCAGAAUCAUUUGGAUGAUAUGGACAUUAAGCGCGGAGUGAACUGGAGCUGUGUUCGCUACAUGCUUGGAGAAGUACAGUACGGAGGCCGUGUAACUGAUGACCUCGACAAAGCUCUGCUGAAUACAUUUGCGAGAGUGUGGUUUGGAGAGCAUAUGUUUAGUGACAAAUUUUGUUUCUACAAAGAUUACGUGAUUCCAAAAGGGAAAACAGUUGAAGACUAUCUCCAGUACAUAGAGCAAUUGCCAGUGAUUGAUACACCUGAGGUAUUUGGUCUGCACCCUAAUGCAGAUAUAACUUACCAAACCAACCUCGCAAAUGAGACCCUGAAUACAAUAGUGAGCAUCCAGCCCAAAGACAGCAGCAGUGGAGGAGGGGAGACCCGAGAAGCAGUGGUGCAGUGCCUUGCUGAUGAGAUGCUGGAGAAGUUACCUCCAGAUUACAACCCCCAUGAGGUGAAAGCCCAGCUUCAAAAGAUGGGAGCGAUUCAACCCAUGAAUAUAUUUCUCCGUCAAGAAAUUGACCGCAUGCAGCAUGUUAUAUCAAGUGUUCGAGCCACACUGAUUGAUCUCAAGUUGGCUAUAGAUGGAACCAUAAUUAUGUCAGAAGAACUGCGAGAUGCAUUGGAUAGUAUGUAUGAUGCCAGAAUUCCCAAAUUAUGGUUUCGGAUUUCCUGGGAGUCUACAACUUUAGGAUUUUGGUUUACUGAGCUUCUUGAAAGAAACCAGCAGUUCAGCACUUGGCUCCUGGAUGGCCGACCAAAUCAGUUCUGGAUGACAGGGUUCUUUAAUCCACAGGGAUUCCUCACUGCCAUGAGGCAGGAGACAACACGCUCAAAUUUGGCAAAAGGAUGGGCACUCGACAGUGUUGUUUUGCACAAUGAGGUGACCAAGAUGAUGAAAGAAGAUGUGGCUGGCCCGCCUCCCGCUGACAUUGGUGGGGUCUAUAUAUAUGGCCUUAUCCUGGAAGGGGCUGGUUGGGACCGCAGGAACAGCAAGCUGGUCGAGUCAGCACCAAAGGUGCUGUUCACAAGUCUUCCUGUAGUCCAUGUGUAUGCUGUCAGCAUGACAGCACUACAAGACCCAAAGAAGCAACAAGGCAAUGUGUACUACUCCUGUCCUGUCUACAAAAAGCCUCGGAGGACAGAUCUGACAUACAUUUUUUCUUUGUACCUGAAAACAGCACAAAAUCCUGAUCACUGGACUUUACGGGGGGUGGCACUGCUCUGCAGUUCAAAAUGAGGACCAACAAAUUGCUCUAAAAAAAAAAAAAGACACCUAGGAAAUAAGUUUGCAGCCAGUAGGAAUUCCAUUGUUAUUUUCAGAGUGGUGUGGGAAUUAGCAAGUAAGGUACAGAGAUUGUGUUAAGCAUACAUAGAUCAAUUUACUCUCUUCACAGUGAAUACACCUAAAUGUAUUUAACCUGGGAACAUGAGAGGGAAACAGGUACAGCAGCUGUUGGUGGAGGAGGAAUACAUUCAGUUAGUUUGCUCAUACAGGAAAUGCUAGGGAAAACAUGCUUAUGAUUGUGAUAACUGCUCUAACAUUUAUGGUGGUUCUUUUGUAGAUGCUGUCUUUUCUUCCUAGUAUAAGUCUUAUUCACAGUACAUUAUGAUUCUUUUUAAAAUCAACUUUGUAGUUAAAAACUUACCAUGCAUAGCAUUAUUAAAGCAGUAAUGACAAGCGAGUUAAACUCAUAAUAAAACUUCAUCCUUUUCUGCACAUAU